AUGCGUUUCCAAACCUUUGUCGUCACCCUUUUCGCCGCCGGCGUUACCGCCAGGCCCUCGACCACCUCAGACACUAUUAUGGCUUUACUCCAGAGCAAGCUGGGAUCCACGGGCGGUUUGGGAUCCAUGGGCACUUCGGGAUCCAUGGGCUCUUCGCGGUGCACUACUGUCUGCAGCCAGCUCUCGCAGGUAGUGGGAACUUCAAAUGCAGGUACAAAAAGCCAGCUCGCAGGGCCGGCUUGCAAUGUACUCUGUAACAAGAUUGCUAAGAAGAUAAGGGGAGGGGGCACUGGUCAAGCGGGACAGGGCUUUGGCCAAACGGGACAGGGCUUUGGCCAAACGGGACUGGGCUCUGAUCAGAUGGGACAGGACCCUAGCCAAAUGAGUCAAUCCAUGAUGCAAACUGCCUAUUAA